AUGGGAGCAUCACAAAGCGAACUCACGAGUACAAGCUCGAAAGCAGAUUUGGUGUCGAGGAUCAAAGCCAGAGUGGAAAAUACUGACAAAGAUAAAGCGAGAGAAGUCGGCGGUGUUUUCUUGUUCAACAUCAUUAAAGGGACUACGGUUUAUUCGUGGACAAUGGACCUCAACCAAGUAAUUGUAUACGAAGGGGAACCCGAAGAAGACCCUGACACCACAUUCACUCUCAACGAGCAUUAUUUCAAACAGUUAGUCCAAGGAAAAGAGGACGCGAGGGUCAUCAUGCAAGCAGGAAGGUGUUCGGUCACUGGAGACAUCAUGAGAGCUAUGAAACUUGAACCCUAUAUAAAGCUAAGCUAA